AUGGACUCCCCGGGACGUCUGCCCGGCGCUGGCCUGGCCGACUUGAUACGAACCUCGCAACUCCUUGCCGACCGAUACACCCUCGUGGCCAAUAGUCUUAACACAGCGCCUGUCACCUUGGCUUCUCUCGCCACCGAAUGCCGGGCCGUCACGGACGCCUUGCGCCGAUUCAAGUACCUCCGCGAGACGAUCCCGGAAACGCUCGUAUUUGACCCGGUCCUGCUCGAUCAAUCUUGCCAUGACGCCUUACACUCGAUUUCGAACAGCUUGUCGUCGCUCGACAUAUACAGCACCCGCAUUCGCCCGGCGACAAGCGACAGUGCUGUUGAUAUGUCGUCAGGCCAACUCACCAUUGUUUGGAACGAAGACUCCCUCAAGCAGAUCCUACACGAAAUUAAAACCAGCCGCCAAUCUCUUGCUUUUCUCCUCAACUGUGUGCCAAGGCUCAGCGAACAUGUCACAUCCAAAAACCACUCUACUUUUAUGCACUCAUCUCGCUUGGUAUCGUGGGACUGCGCCAUAAGCCCAGCGGUGCUCAACAAGGGCAGCCGCCUGCGCCUAUCAACCAUCGGCCCACGCCCGCGGCCUGAGGUUUGUCCUGUUAGCGACAUCUCCGAGGUUCACUUGGCCUUGAAAAGACUGAAGCCACCGCCCGGCACCCUGUACAAGCAAAGUAUGCGAACGACCAAGGACUUACACGACGCCAUAGAUCGCGAAGACGAAGCUGCAGUGGUGAAGCUGUUGUUACAGCGGAUCGACCCGAGCACGCCUCGCAUAGGCUCGAAACUUUCGCCUCUACGCCGGGCUCUCAACCGCCAAGUUCCAUCUCUUGUGACCUUCCUGGCCGUGGCGGGUGCUGACCUCGAGGACCGCGGCGAUGAAGGCGAUACAAUCCUGAUCUCGGCCGUCAAGCUCGGAUACGCUGAUAAAAUCAUUGCGCUCUUGUGCGAACUUGGCGCAGAUGUCAAUGCUGUCGACAACCUGGGAUGCUCGGCGGUUCACCAUGCCGCCAUGUCAGCUAGUGACGAUGACACCCUGGCUGUGCUUGUACACGCCGGGGGCGAUAUCGACCGCAGGGACUUGGGAACAAGAACGCCUUUAGUAGCAGCAGUCCAAAACUACCGGUUCAACGCCAUCGAGAAGCUACUCGAAUUCGGUGCCGACCUAGAACUCCGCCUGCAGAACGGCCGGACGGCGCUUCAUGUCGCCAUAUCCAUGAGAAGCAGCCCCAUGACAGAGUUUCUCUCGGACCAGGGCGCCUACCUCGAUAGGCGAGUCAACGAGCACACCGCCUUGACUUACGCCAUAGCCACGGCCUGCCCUGAUAUCGCGGAGGUGUUGAUCGAUGCCGGUGCCGAUGUCGACCUGCCUAGUUCAAAGGGGAACUUCCCACUACUGGCGGCGGCGGCAGCGGGAGACCUGCUUACCAUGAAGCUCUUGCUCUCUCGAGGAGCCAAGUAUGAUGCCGCCGGCAGUGAAGGAUACCUACCCAUCCACAUGGCAGCUCACAAAAACAGAGUCGAGGUGCUGCAGCUCUUGUUUAAAGCCGGUUCUCCAAUCGACCCGACGACCGAACAUGGCGAGACGCCCCUCACGAUCGCAAUGCACCUAGGGUGCUUCGAGGCCGCCCAGUUCCUGAUCGAGGUCGGCGCCGACGUCGACCACUCGGCGCCCGGGACGGAGAGGAUCAUCUGCCAGGCGCUCAAGGCCGGCAACACGCGCAUCGCAAUGGCUCUCAUCCGCGGGGGCGCGGACCUCACCACCCCCUUACUACGAAACACCAGCAUGACGCCGCUGCAUCUGGCAGCCCACUACGGACAAAACGACGUCCUCGCCACGAUGGUCAGCGCCGGCGUUGACCUGGACACCCGAACGUGGCCCGGCUUCACACCGCUCUUUUCCGCCGUCAAGGCCGGUCACCUCGCCACCGUGCGUCUGCUCGUGACAGCCGGAGCAUAUCUGAGAGCCCGGUCGACCUCAGGCGCCAACCUGCUCUUCUUCGGCACCGCGGAACCCGCCAUGAUGAAACUCCUGAUAGAGCUUGGCCUGGACAUCCACGAGCGCGACCACCACGGCGCGACGCCGCUCCACUACGCGGCCGUCAAGGGCCACGGCGCCACGGUGAAGCUCCUCCUGCAGCGGGGCGCCAAGGUGGUGCAUGCGAGCGCCGUCUUCGAGACGCUUCAGGACUACAAGAAGAAGAGUCCGUAUCGUCAGGGCACUCCUGGCGGCCUCGCGAGGCAGAAGGACCACAUCAAGAUUGCUCGACUAAUCGAGGGCUGGAAGUUUAAGACAUGA